AUGUGCGAGCAGAACUCUGGGAAGUGGAGCGGGAAGGAGGGCAAGAUCUAUCGACUGCACUCCACGCGCGCGCAACGGCGUAGACCGCCAGCGACGAGCGCCGGAGGAUUCGGACCCCUGAACGUGGAUGUUCCGUAUGAGAAAUAUUGUGUGGAGUCGGCUCAAGACCGGUCGCCUUCGCGGAUAUACUUCUCGUCCGCCUCAAACUCACAGCAUGGACCUUUGGGGGACGCCGUCUCGUUACCAUCAAGAAUGCCUUCCUACCUUGUCACAGGAGCGAACCGCGGCCUCGGCUUUGCCAUGGUGGAGGAGCUGGAUCUGGUCGCAAAAUAUGGCAAAGAUCGUCUAGCAUUGAUCACACUAGACUAUGCUGACGGGGAAAGCAUCGAGAAGGCGGCAGAGGCUGCGUCUGCACUGCUGCCCAACGGCCUGGACUACCUGCUCAGCUACGCAGGAGUGAACUUGCAGGAGACGGCGCUCUUCGACCAGAUUGACAUGAAAGUGUUGGAAGACGAGUUCCGUAUCAACGCCUUUGCCCCAUUCCACCUCACCCGCAGCUUCCUGCCGUUAGUCCGAAAGAGCAACGAGAAGAAGGUGGUCUUUGUCACGUCGGAUCUUGCAUCUCUCGAGAAUGCACCCAGCCUAAGCACGCUCUCUAUCGUCUACUCUAUGACAAAGGCAUCCUUGAACAUGUUGGCGCGUAAGUGGGCGCCGACACUGCACAAUGAGGGAAUCGCAGUUGUCCUCGUCCACCCUGCUCCUCCAGGCUGGGUGGGCACGGACAUGGGCAAGCUGAUCAGGGAAUGGGUCAAGGAGAACAUCCCGCACCACAAGAUGAUCACCAUCGAGGAAUCUACCACCGGCACCCUCAGCGUCAUCAAGCAGGCGAAGCCUGAGAAGGCGAUCAAGUAUUACACGCAAGACGGCUCCACUCUGCCGUGGUAA